AUGUCCCUGUGCCAAUGCACUGUGAAGCCCAGCGCCUCGGAUCCCUGCUGCUUCCCAAGCGGAGCCGGCGUGAAGGUUUUCCUGCACUGGAGCGGGCAGGAGGAGCGGGAAUGCUGCCGGAUCUACCGCCAGGGCCCGCUCAGCGCCGAGGACAUCUGCAUCGACCUGGCGCGCCGCAUCGGGAUCACGCCGCUCUGCUACAGCCUCUUCGCCCUCUACGACCCCCAGAGCCGCCUGUGGCUGCCCCCCAACCACCUCUUCCACAUCGGCACCGACACCAACGUCCGCCUGCUCUUCCGCAUGCGGUAUUACUUCCGGAAUUGGCACGGGAUGGAUGGGAAGGAGCCGGCCGUGUACCGCAACGCCCCGCGCCACGGCGAGCAUCCCGAGGAGAGGACGCAGGGAUCGGCGCUGCUCGACCGAGCAUCCUUCGAGUACCUCUUUGAGCAGGGGAAGUUCGAGUUCAUCCACGACGUGGCCUCUUGGAAGGAGCUGCCGAGCGAGCAGGAGGUGCAGAGGUUCAAGAACGAGAGCCUGGGCAUGGCCGUGCUCCAUCUCUCCCACAUAGCCCUCAGGAAAGGCAUCUCCCUGGAGGAAGUAGCCAGGAAAUACAGCUUCAAGGAGUGCAUCCCGCGUUCCUUCCGCCGCCAGAUCCAGCAGAGCAGCUUCGUGACCAGAUUCCGGCUCCGGAACGUCUUCCGGAAGUUCCUGCAGCGCUUCCAGAGGCACACGGUGAGCGCCGGGAAGCUCACGCCUCAGGACCUCAUGUACAAGUACUUGGCCACCUUGGAGCACCUCGCCCCUCGCUUCGGGAGCGAGCUCUUCCCGGUGCUGUCCUUGGAUACCUCUUCGGAAGGGGAAAAGGGGCAGCUCAACGGGAUCCAUCCCGAGCACCCGGUGCUCCCUAAGGAGCCCGGUGUCACCCAUGAGGUCCUGGUCACCGGCACAAGCGGGAUCCAGUGGCGGGCAGUGCCCGUAGAGAGCACAGAGACCUCGUCCCAUCGGGGCUACUUCGGCAGGAAGAGCCGGACCAAGGAGCUGGAGCCCAAGGGAUCGGCUCCGGAGCGGGGUGAUCCCAAAUGGUCCCAGUUCUGUGACUUCCAGGAGGUCACCCACAUCGUGCUCCGGGAAUGCCGGGUCAGCAUCCACCGGCAGGACAACAAGUGCCUGGACGUGGUGCUUCCAUGCGCCGGGAACGCUCUCUCCUUGGUCUCCUUGGUGGACGGCUACUUCCGCCUCACCGCUGACUCCAGCCACUACCUGUGCCACCAAGUGGCCCCCCCUCGGCUCCUCAUGAGCAUCCAGAACAGCAUCCACGGACCCAUGCAGGAGGAAUUUGUCCUUGCCAAGCUGCGCCGGGAGGAGGAGGAAGGGCUCUACAUCCUCCGCUGGAGCGGCCUGGACUUCAACCGGAUCAUCCUGUCUGUGGCCAAACGGGGCCGGGAGCAGGGGCCUGGCCCGCGGGGGAGCCUCGAGUACCGGCAGUUCCGGAUCCAGAGGAAGGGCGAUUCCUUCGUGCUGGAAGGCUGGGAUCGGGAAUUCCCCACCUUGCGGCAGCUGCUGGACGCGCUCAAGGGCUGCACGCUCAAGUCCGGCAACGAGAGCUUCGCGGCCAAGCGGUGCUGCCCCCCCAAAGCAGGAGAGAUCUCGGACCUGCUCAUCGCCAGGAAGGCCAAGGCCGGCGCCAGGCAGCUCCUCAACCUCUCCCAGCUCAGCUUCCAUCAGAUCCGCAAGACAGAGAUCACCCAGAGAGCCCAUUUGGGCCAAGGCACCCGCACCAACAUCUACGACGGGGUGCUGAGCGUCCGUGGGGCCGGCGAGGAUGAAGCCGAGCACUUCCCCACGGAGCCCAACAACAACGGCCGGGAGCUGCACGUGGUGCUGAAGGUGCUGGACCCCAGCCAUAGGGAUAUAUCCCUGGCCUUCUUCGAGACCGCCAGCCUCAUGAGCCAAGUGGCCCACGGCCACCUGGCCUUCGUGCACGGCGUCUGCGUGCGCGGCUCCGAGAAUAUCCUGGUGGAGGAGUUUGUGGAGCACGGACCUUUGGACGUGCUGCUGAGGAAGGAGAAGGGCCGGAUCGGCGUGGCCUGGAAGAUCACCGUGGCCAAGCAGUUGGCCAGCGCCUUGAGCUACCUGGAAGACAAGCACCUGGUGCACGGCAACGUGUGUGCCAAGAACAUCCUGCUGGCCAGGAAAGGCCUGGAAGAGGGAGCUGGGCCCUUCGUGAAGCUCAGCGAUCCCGGCCUCAGCUUCGCCGUGCUCUCCCGGGAAGAGCGCGUGGACCGGAUCCCUUGGAUCGCUCCGGAAUGCGUUUGGGAUGUGGGGAACCUCAGCCCGGCCGCGGACAAAUGGAGCUUCGGGACCACCCUGCUGGAGAUCUGCUUCGAUGCCCACGUCCCGCUGAAGGAGCGGGCCCCUUCCGAGAAGGAGCGCUUCUAUGAGAAGCGGCACCGCCUGCCCGAGCCUUCCUGCCGGGAACUGGGCUCCCUCAUCUCCCAGUGCCUGGAUUACAGCCCCGCCGGGCGGCCUUCCUUCCGCACCAUCCUGCGGGACCUCACCCAGCUCCAGCCGCACGCCCUCGUGGACAUCAGCGCGGUGAAUCCCGACUUCCCAGUCUCGGAUCCCACGGUUUUCCAGAAGCGUUACCUGAAGAAGAUCCGGGAGCUGGGGGAGGGACACUUCGGGAAGGUUGGGCUCUACUGCUACGACCCCACCAACGACGGCACCGGGGAGAUGGUGGCCGUGAAGUCCCUCAAGGCCGGAUCCAGCCGGGAGCUCCUUUCCAGCUGGAAAAGGGAGAUCCAGAUCCUCAAGACCCUCUACCAUGAGAACAUCGUCAAGUACAAGGGGUGCUGCAGCGAGCAGGGCGAGAAGGUGGUGCAGCUCAUCAUGGAGUACGUGCCCUUGGGCAGCCUCCGGGAUUACCUCCCCAAGCACAGCGUCGGCCUGGCGCACAUCCUGCUCUUCGCCCGGCAGAUCUGCGAGGGAAUGGCCUACCUGCACUCCCUGCACUACAUCCAUCGGGAUCUGGCCGCCCGGAACGUGCUGCUGGAGAACGAGCACGUCGUGAAGAUCGGGGACUUCGGCUUGGCCAAAGCCAUCCCCGAGGGCCACGACUAUUACCGGGUGCGGGAGGAUGGGGACAGCCCCGUCUUCUGGUACGCCGUGGAGUGCCUCAAGGAGUGCAAGUUCUCGUACGCCUCGGACGUGUGGUCCUUCGGGGUGACGCUCUACGAGCUGCUGACGCGCUGCGACGGGGGGCAGAGCCCGCCCGUGAAGUUCCUGGAGCUGAUCGGGGCCACGCAGGGGCAGAUGACGGUGCUGAGGCUCAUCGAGGUCCUGGAGCGCGGCCGGCGCCUGCCCAGCCCCAGGGACUGCCCGGCAGAGCUCUACCGCCUGCUGCGGAGCUGCUGGGAAGCGGAGGCCUCGUUCCGGCCGGCGUUCCAGAACCUCGUGCCCCUGCUCCGGAGCUUCCAGGAGAAAUACCGGGACCAGGCGCCCUCCGUCUUCAGCCUCUGCUGAUGG